GUUAUCUACUUAGUGCCCGCUGCCCUGACCCUGCUUGUCAGCAUUAACCCUUCAGUAACAGAUAAUGGUGUUUGGAGGAGCCUCUGUGACCUUCACUCCGCAGGUUGUGUUGUUGGGACCAUUGCCUUGGCUCGCUCUUUGCUUGCUUAUGCUCAGGGAAACAUUCUGCAUGAAGAGGAAGGCAGAGAGUUGUUUGGUCUGGUGAUCAUUACAAUAUGGAUGAGUCUUUGUCGCAGUUCAGCAAAGAGUCCACUGGGUGGAGUUCGUUUGGUUGCUGCAGUCGUGGUUGCCCUCUUCCCCUUUGUUUCGUGGCUGUACAUUUAUAUGAACAAAGAAAUGCGAGAGUCUUGGCCAACGCACUGUAAAACGGUGAUUUAA